AUGCGCCGUGGCGUGGGUCAGUUCAACCAGGCCUACGGUCGCGGUAAUUGCAGCAGGCGAGAGGAUCAGCGAUGUGGCAGCUACAACGAUCGCGGUGGUCGUGGUCGAUCCUUUAGGCCGGAUUCCUCUUCUAGUAGUCGCUAUGAUUCGCCCCACCAGCAACAGCACGGCAGCUACGGCCACUACGGUAGCGGCGCGUCGCGGUCGUUUUCUGCGUUGGAUGCUGAUUCAGUCGCGGACCGUCAGCGUGACCGCAAGGCGCGGCGCCGGCAGGAGCGGCAAGAGAAGAAGCAGUUGCGCAUUGAAAGACACGAGCAAUGGACUCAGAAAUCUCAGAAAGCUCGGCAGGAGGCCCGGAAUAGCAGGGCGGCUGACCAGAUUCACCAGCAGCGGAAACGUCUGCGAGCAGAGCGAGCCCUCACGUCAACAGCAGCCGAGAGAAACGGCAAGCGACAUAAGGGCGAGCAGGCAUUAAAGGAAAAGAGCGAGAAGUGUGUUCGAGCGACAGCUAGUGACUGCGUGGAAGGAGGACCUGCCACCAGCCUCAAAGCGGACACGUGUAAGUCCAGCACAGGUGUUCUCGCUGCUGCCGCUGCUGCGACUGCGGUCUCUCCCGCUACCUCUCUGGCGGAAAUGACGCCAGUCCCUGCUGAGGUAACCGAAACGGUGCGGCGCCUCGUGAAUAAGUUGACAACGGCGAACGUGGUCGACCUUACGAGGGAGUUAAGCGAUUACAUGCUGUCACCGGGGGUGUCUCCUGUGAGUGUGGUGAAAGGGCUCGCUCAGCAGAUAGAACGUCUCUGCCUCCUGGAGGCGGGACCGCUCAGCACGACUGGCACGCUGCCAUUUGCCGGACUACUUCGAGGGAUGCAGCUACUGCACGGAAUCCAGCUCGGCUCCGAGCUGGUUGAACGCAUUAGCUUUUCUUUGAAGGCGCAGCUCGCCGCUGCGGAAGAGGCAGCUGCAGGCAACACGCUUAUGGUGCUUGUACAGCUGUAUCUUCUGUAUGGCGUAGACGUGGUGUUUGUCACGUCGCUGCUUCGAACACUGCUUCGCCAGGGGACGCGUCUCUUGGGCCACGGCGACGAUGGUGGCGCAACGACGUCCAUGGACUCUUCUUCCUCCUCUCCAACCUCGGCUUCUGCGGCAGCAGCGCAAGCCGUUUGCGCGGCCGCGUGCGGUCUGGCAUUGAUGCGCGCGUGUGGUGAGAAGCUCCUUAAGGAGAGUCCCGCCGAACUGGAGGCGUCCUUGCAGGAGGCACGGCGCGCGUCUGCUCAGAUGCGCAACAUCACCGGCAUGGCUCGAUUUUCUGCGCUGGUGGAGGUGAUGGGCGACAUUGCUGCUGGUCGCACCCGCAAGGCUCGCCGCACGACUACCGAGGAGGCCGCCCCUGCGGAAGCCAUGCUGGAGGACCUCUGUUUGCUACUACCGGGCCAAGAGAGAGCCAUCUCGACGCAGCGCCGCACGAUGAAGCGACUGGUACUGACGACGAAUAUCAUGUCGGGGCUGACGUGGGAGCAGGUGACAUCUUCAGCAAAGCCACCGCGGUGGUACAUACCGGGGGUAAUGAUGACUGGCGCAGCGAGCGACAGGGAGGAGGAUGACAAGGCUGCUGCGGCGACCGCUGGCAAGCGCUCUUGCAUUGUGCCGGAGAGCAAGGAGGGCAGGCACAGCCGUGAGAUUUCCGCGUUGCAACCCCCAUUAUGGACUGCAGCCGACGAGAGUGAGCAGGUGGAGGAGAUGGACGAGGCAGAGCUGAAACGCGAGCGGAUUGCGCGCAUGCGGACGGAGGAGAAGGCCUUGAGUGGUCAGCGCCUUAACACCGAACACAAGCGCGAAAUUUUCAGGUGCAUCGCCACUGCCACCGACGACCUGGAGUGCUUCACGAUGCUCAUGUACCGUGACCCUGGCUACACGCGCUUCCACGACGCGUGCGCGGUGCUGCUACAGUGUGCUUACCAGGAGCGCAAGUACAACCCUUACUACGCGCAGGUGCUCAUGCGCUUCUGCAGUGCGAAGCCGGCGUGCGUGAAGACACUCCAGUUCGCCAUCUGGGACCGCUUCAAGUCCAUCCGAAUCGAAAGCACCGACGUCGUUGGCUACUUCAACUUCGCGUGCUGCAUCGCGGACUUGAUGCAGCACGGCGUGUACAAUCUCAGCCUGCUUCGCGGCCUCGAUCUGGAGAACACGAACAAGACGAUCGGCCUCUUCGCGCGAAUGCUGCUUCUGCGGUUGAUUUUCCAGCUGCCAGCGUUGCGUCUGACGCAACUCUUCUUCGGCGGAGACGGUUGCACCGCUCACGACCUGCAGGUGGACACGAGCGCGCUGCGCCGACUUCUGACAAAGUUCAUGUCGCUCUACUUCAUCGACGAGAACGCCUCGAAGCGGUGGCUGCCCAGCUUUUACGAGGUCGUCGCUGCAGGCACCAGCUUUGAUGUUUCUGCUGCCCCUGAGCCGCAGACUGCACCUGCCUCGCGCAACGGUGCGGCACCAACGGCCGACGCAGACAAGAGGGCUGCAAAGGUGCUGGCACUUCAGCUCAAUACCGGUUGCUCACCUUCGACGCUGUUGACCAAUGCAUCGGCGCCGUUCCGCACUGCGCUCUCAGCAUCCAAGUCAGCCUCCUCGGCCGAGGCAAUGUUUGACGAGUUCAUGAAACGCGUCCAGGUGGCCUACAGGGCGCUCAAGCAGGGUAUCGUAUGA